AGAAAUAGAAAGGGAGAGAAAUGGAGGGGGAGAGAGAGAGAGGAGUUUACAUGCUGAGAGAAAGUAGCAGAUGGAUUAUCAUGACGAGCUGCUGUCAGUGUGUGUGUGUGAGCCGCUGCCUCUCACUCUCAGACAUCUGUCCAGCUGAUUAUGAUCUUCUGAGGGGAGUCAGUGACUUAGAUACCGGAAAUGACAUCAUGACCACAGGACAGGAAGGUGAGGGUGGAGAGAAGUGGAGUCGGCGCAGUACUGUGUCUCUAGCUAAAGGGGAGCGGUUUUCUCCAGAUGUGGUGCUAGUGUUCAGUGGGAAGCACAGGUCCAGUGGGGAGAGUGAUGAUGAGCUGCAGGAGGCUCUUCGGACCAGACUAAGAGUGAUGGAGAGCAGCAGCCAAGACAUCAGCAGCCUGUUUAAGGAUCUCUCUGCCCGCUUGCUGUCUGUGCAUGCUGAGCGAGAUUGUUUCAUUCUGACCUUCAAGACCGUGGAGGAGAUCUGGAAAUUCUCUACCUACCUCUCCUUAGGGUACGUGGCAAGGUGUUUGGAGAACUUCCUAUGUGAUCCAUCUUUCUGGUUGGACCCUGCGUUGCUAAGCGAUGUGGAGAUCUGUGUGUCACUCCAGGAGGAACACCUUGCAACGCUCUACUUGGGCCUACUGCUUCAGGAAGGUGUGUUCUUUGCUAAGGCGGCCCAUGCAGUGGAGGCGGUGGAGGGCGAUGACGAGCGGCUGGUGUGUGUGUGUGACGCGCUUCUGCUGGUGAGGGACGUCGGCCAGGAGGACCUGUGGGAAGCCACCCUGCUGUCCAGCGGAGACCGAGGCCUGGUGCCCUCCGCUAGCGUGCAGCCCCUACCCUACCCCUUCUACCAAUGGUUUCUAAGGAAGUACCCCUGCAGUGCCAGUGGACUCUCCACAGACACACCCCUUGGUCAACAUCCAAUAGCGACGGGCAUGUGCGUAGCGGCGGUGGACUACGAGCCGGCGGACGCUGAUGAGCUGCUGCUGCAUGAGGGGGAGGAGCUAGCAGUGGAGGGCUUCCUGCUUCAGGGGCUAGACCUCUUCGUAGGGCGGAGCCUAACCAGCGGCCUUAUGGGAUUCGUCCACAAGAAGCAUGUGAAACCAGGAGACCUAAAACCCACGAGUCCAGAGCUGCAGUUUAUGACUGUGGAGGAGAGAGAAGACCUCUAUCAGCUCGAGCCCUCUCUCACACACUCUCACACACACCUCCUGAAACAGCUCUGUGCCUCAGAUAUCAGCACUGUCUACAGAAUGGACAAACUGGAUGAAUCUGACUUCACAUACAUCAAAAGUACUCCUAAACCAGACCCUCAGGCCAACUCCAUGCAGCAGACUGUAGACACACCCCCACCGCGCCAUUCUUGGACUUGGCCCCGCCCCUCCCUCGCUGCCUCCCAGAGAUCCCUCGGGCGUUCUGUGGGGAGUGUGUCCGGCGCGGGUGAGUGUAUGUCCUUCUGCAUGGACGAGACGUUCAGGGAGGCAGAGCCCCUGGAGGACGACGCGCCCUUGUGGGAGGAGUUAUCGGAAUGGGAGGAGGAGUCGUGUGAAGACCUGCUGAGUCUGCUGGACACACCCACACAGCUGGAGGAGGCGGAGGUAUCAGCCCCACUUGGCGCUCGCAGCCCUCAGUUUGGACUCCACCCCCUCACGUGGAUUAGGCCACGCCCUCAUGCGCCUGCAUCUGCACCUGCGCAGCUCAGAACGCCUGCAUGCCAGCGGUGUCCACACACACACACACACGCACACGCACACACACACACACACGCCUCCAUCCCCACACAGGCGCUGGUGUACCUGAAACAAGCCCUGACCAUCGCCACUCAGGAGGGACAACUGCAGGAACAGAGACAGCUGUGUAUCAGCCUAGCGUGGGUGUACCUUCAUCAUGGGGCUCUGCCGGAGGCGGUGCUAAGUGCAGAGAAGGCCGUGGAGGCGGGGUCUUGUCUUGGAGAGGAGGAGGAGUUUGAAGCCCGGGCUCUCCAUGGUUGGCUGCUGGUUCUAGUGGGCAGUGCUGAGCGAGCGAAGGCGGAGCUUACUCCCCUGCUGAUGUCACUGCAGGGUUCCGAUAGCCCCUCCCCCCAAGGUGUCGUGCACACGCUGCUGGCGCUGAGUUUGCGUCGCCUAGGCAACGCCUCGCAGGCAGGAGCCCAUCUGGUCAUGGCUCUGAGGCUUGCACAAGACAGUGGCCACACCCCCAACCAGGCUGUUGCCCUUAGCAACCUGGGUUGCUUAGCGCUGGGCACAGGUGCAGUGGGCGUCGCCGAGGGCUUCCUAAGGAGAUCGCUCCGCCUCUUCCAGCAGCUAGGAGGCGGGGCAGACCAGGAGCACGUCCAAUCACUGCUGUGGAUGGGGAGGAGCUACAGCAGCAGUGGGCAGGGCCAUAAAGCUCGACUAGCCAAUGAGACGGCUCUGCUGAUUGCCAUCCACGCCAAGAACAUACAUAGUCAGAUGGUGGUUGCUAAAGUCCUGAGUCGUCACUAUGCUAAUCAGAUGCUCUAUGGUCAGAGCAUCAUUUACUACGAACAUUGUGUGGCGUUGGCACGGCAACUACGAGACAAGCGUCUGGAGGGAGAGUUUCUCGAGAUCCUAGGGAGCCUCUACCUGUCAAUCAACACCCAUCGAUCUUCUCUCAGGUCUCUUGACUGCACUAAACAGUCCCUGAGGAUCUGCAUUGAUUUGGGGAAGCGGCGAGAGGAGGCGGAGUCUUGGCUUCAUGCAGGACGAAUCUACUACCUACUACAGGAGGACGAGCUCACAGACAUGUACCUACAGGCAGCAGUAAGGACAGCUUUGAGAGUUGAGGACCCCAUCUUCGAUGCCAGUAUCUACGAGGAGGCUGGGGACAUAUUUUACAAAGGACAUCGCAAUCAGCUCAAAGCACUGCCAUACUACAGGGAUGGUGGUCUUCCGUUUGCGCGCAGCACUGGGGACCUGCUGUGUGAGUUCCGGCUGCUGAGUAAAGUGACUGAGCUGCUGAUGACACACAAACACCACCAGGAGGCGCUGCAGUACGCUCUACUGGCAGUGCAGAGCAGCACAGCCACAGGUAUCCGUCUGCAUGAGCGCGUGGCGUACCAGCGGCUGGCAUGUGUGUACGAGGCACUGGGGCAGUGUGAGUUGGCGGAGAACUACUUCCUGAAGUGUGUGAGCCUGGGCCCUGACCUCACACACAGCAGCGAUGCCCGAUACUACUGCAAGGUGUACACACACCUUGCAAACAUCACACUCCACAAACUCAAGGAUGCGUUUGAUGCGAUGGGUUACUACCAGCUAGCGCUUGCGGGGGCCAUGGAAGCGGAUGACGUGUCGUGUGUGUACGUCCUGCUGAUGAAGUUAGCGGAGCUCCACUCCUCUCACCUGCCCAACGCACACCUGAGCCAGCUCUACACACACACCGCCAGCAGCCUCAGAGUGCGUCUGGAGGGACUCACACACACACCACACACAGCUCAGGAGGACACACUCACACAGCACACAGCACAGGAUAGCUGAGGAUACACACACACACACACACACUCAUACACACACACACACAC